UCGUAUGAAAAGCGUUCAUCUACCUUUUAUCAAAAAGCUUUAAAUUGUAAUUCUUUUUUUAAUAGUUGAUAUUUUUGUUUUGACCACUUAGCGAACUAUUGUGGAACAAACGAGUUAAAGUUGUUAAGCAGUAUUAUUGGAGAGCAGCUUGAAACCAAACGCAAAAUGUUAAAAGGAAGGAUUUAUACAAUUUCCAGAAUUAAUUUUAAUUCUGGGAAACUAUUUCCUAUAAAUGUUACUGCUAGAGGUCUAGAGGAAACAAAACAACAACGUCAACGCUCAACGGUUGCAGCUGCAUCGAAUAUAGAAAAACCGCUGGAGACGGAGUUAGGGAACAACAGCGCGCAAGUGGAAUGGGAUAAAGCAAAACCUUUCGAUGAAAUACCCACCAUGGGUGCCUUGCAAUUUCUUAUGAAAUUUCUUCCUGGGGGAAAAUAUUCGAAAAUGGACUCUUCGCAAAUGAUGUUGGCCUUCCGCGAAGAUAUUGGUCCGAUUGGUCGUUUGAAAAUCUUUCCCGGUAGACCAUACAUUGUCUUCACACAUAAUCCACAAGAUUUUGAAAAGGUUUUCCGCAACGAAGGCAUUUGGCCUGUGCGUCCUGGUUCCGAAACAUCCUAUUAUCAUCGAAGUGUACAUCAAGCUAAUUUAUUUCAAGGAAUUGAGGGUCUAAUCGGAACAAAUGGUGAAAAAUGGGGUACCUUCCGAUCAACUGUCAAUCCCGUUUUGAUGCAACCAAAAAAUGUGCGCUUGUACUUUCAAAAAAUGUCUCAGGUCAAUAAAGAGUUUAUGGAGAGAAUCCGUCAAAUCCGUGACCCCCAAACCCUGGAAGUUCCCGGCACGUUCGAGGAAGAAAUCAAUCGCUGGACAUUAGAAUCAGUGUCGGUGGUGGCAUUGGAUAAACAAUUGGGUUUAUUAACAACGAAUCGUGAUGAUCCUGUAACGAGACGUAUGUUUCAAGCUUUAACGGAUUUCUUUACAUAUUCGGUGGAAAUAGAAUUUAAGCCCUCAAUCUGGAAAUUUUACAAGACGGCGACAUUUAUGAAACUGAUGAAAAGCUUAGAUGAAAUUACAGAGAUAACAAAGAAUUUUGUCGAAGAGGCCAUACAGCGUCUAGAGGCGGAACGUGAGAGUGGAACGCCAGAGAAACCUGACAAUGAAAAAAGUGUUUUGGAGAAACUCAUUAAAAUUGAUAAGAAAAUUGCAAUGGUCAUGGCCAUGGAUAUGCUGAUGGCUGGUGUGGAUACGACCUCCUCCACAUUUACCGGAAUUCUUCUGUGUUUGGCCAAAAAUCCAGAGAAACAGGAAAUCUUGCGCGAAGAAGUCCGCAAACUUUUGCCCCACAAGGAUUCAGAGUUCAAUGAGACCGUUUUCAAAAAUAUGCCCUAUUUGAGGGCCUGCAUUAAGGAAUCGCUACGCAUGUAUCCCCUGACUGUGGGUAAUGCACGCGAACCAGCAAAGGAUGUGGUUUUAAGCGGCUAUCGCAUCCCCAAAGGAACUCAAGUUUCAAUGGUAUUUACUUCCUUGUUAAAGGACGAAAAUCAUUUCGCACGAGCAGGAGAAUUUUUACCCGAACGAUGGUUGAGAGCUUCUAACGAGCCUCAGGCCAACACCUCCGAGUGUCCACAUGCAUUGAAGGCGAGCAAUCCAUUUAUUUAUUUACCUUUUGGUUUUGGUUCACGUAGUUGCAUUGGGCGCCGCAUUGUCGAAAUGGAACUGGAGUUGGGUGUCGCUCGUUUGAUACGUAAUUUUCAGGUGGAAUUCAACUAUCCCACAGAGAAUGCCUUCAAGGGUCUUUUGAUCAAUGUUCCCAAUAUUCCAUUGACAUUUAAAUUCACUGAUGUUAGAGAUUAAUCAAUUGAGAAUAUGGAGCAUUGCUUGUUUUGCUUUGAUUAUAAAAGAGUUAUUUGUAUUGUUAAUUAAUAUUACUUAUGUUGAUAAAGGAAACAAAUAAAAGUUCUUAUUAAUUUUCGUUGUAAUCUAAAACUCAA